AUGGUGGAUUCCUACGAUUAUUUAUUAAAAUUUCUAAUUAUUGGAAAUGCAUCAACAGGCAAAACUUGUAUAUUACGACGCUUUGUCGAAGGCACCUUUAAGGAUGAUACGCUCCAUACUAUCGGUGUUGAGUUUGGUACUAAAAUAAUUCAAGUGGGCAACGAGGCCCUUAAAUUGCAAAUUUGGGAUACUGCUGGACAGGAACGAUUCCAAUGCGUAACACGAUCUUACUACCGUGGUGCUGCCGGUGCCCUUGUUGUAUACGAUAUUUCCUGUCGGGAUUCUUUCAAUCGUGUUGCAGAUUGGAUAUCAAGUGUCAGAGAGCUUGCAAAACCUGGACUUGCUAUCAUUCUUGUUGGGAAUAAGUCUGAUCUCGCUGCUGAACACAGAGAGGUAAACGAGGAAGAAGCACGUCAAUUCGCCUUAGACAAUGGAGUUCAUGGAUUUAUUGAAACAUCAGCCAAGCUCGGUGAUAAUGUUGAGGAGGCCUUUUGCGCAGCGGCUCGAAUGGCUCUAGAGCGAGCAAAAGCCACUCAAUCCACCGACAUGUUCCUUCCAGCAUCGAGUGGUGGAUCUACUUAUUUACACAGAGCUCCUUCCAAACAGUCCACAAACAACUGUUCCGGUGGAUGUUAG